CUGAUCACUAGCUAGUACUGUUCUGGCCUCCUCCUCAACACAUUCCUGUUUCUCCAUUGGAGUACCAUCAAAUCGAUAGCUAAAAUGAAGGUCUUGCUUGCUACUUUUCUGCUUCUUUCACUGGUUCUUAGCUCCUCUCUCGUUCAGUUCACCAGGGCUGCACCCACCCCAGCUGCACCUCCAGCAGCGGCCCCAAGUGAAUGCGAUUCGAAGUGCGGGACGAGGUGUGCGAAUGCAGGAUACAAGGACAGAUGCUUGAAGUAUUGUGGGAUCUGCUGCAAACAGUGCAAGUGCGUGCCUUCAGGAACUUAUGGAAACAAGUCAGAAUGCCCUUGUUACAGGGACAAGAAAAACUCCAAGGGCACCUCCAAGUGCCCUUGAACUUCAGCUAUUCAUAUACUUGUUGUGUCUCAGUUUCAAUAUCCUGCUCAUUUUGUCCAAUUAUAAAUCAUUAAUUCCUGUUAGUUACUUGAAAUUUCCAAAGCAAUAAAUUUUCUUUUAGAAGAUAUCAUAUGAUGUAAUUUCAAUUAAUUUAUAUUCUUUGUAAUAAUAAUAAAUUAAUUACCUUUGGCAAUUCCAGUGUUGAACUGUUAAC